CGUGCAUCUCUUUGACAAUCGGAUGUCGCCUUGAUGACAAUGUCAGCGUUGUCGCGAUAAUCGUGCUCGAUGCACCCUCGUCACGGGACAAGCCUCAUUCUAACAUCAUGAUUGCAGAUUUCUUGCCAGCGAAACCGCGCCACCGCCGAAAUCGCUGGAUGCGGAGGUUAAAGACGACGAGACCACUGAAUAUGAAAUCGAGAUCCCCUUGACUGCUACUGACUCUUCUACCGACUCUACCUACGUCAGCGUAGAAACUGUCAAGAUGGAGUGUCCUGUCUGUCGCAAACACCUCACCGAAAGCACGACCGUUAAUUGCGCAAAUUGUGUGAACAACCUGCUCUACAACUGCCGCUUCGACCUUGCCAGAGUCCUGCUCGAGAAAGAGUCCCUGGGAAAGAAAGUCGAGGCCAUUGUUGGUCCAGAGCCUGAGAAACCCCUUGAUGAAGAGACUGCGAGACUCAGAAAGGCCUGGCAGAAACAGCAGGAAAAGAUCGAAGAGCAGCGGGCCAAGGAGCAAGAAGAAGAUAUGCGGCGCGAACUCGUCAUCAAGCAGAAGGAACUGCAAGAGAAGAGAGACCACGCGCAGGCUUUGAGAAAGAAUCUAGAGGAACGAAGAGCCAAUCUCGCCGCCGCAAAACAAGCCCAGGCCAGGAACCAGAAGAAGAAGCUGGAGGAGCUCAAAGAGAACGGGGAGAAGCUGAAAGCCCAGUAUGACGCCUUUCAUGAGAAGAUUGUCGACACUCGAGCCAUUCUCUGCCGCGAAGCCGCCAGUCUGUUGAGGCUUCAUCACUCCAGGAGGAAGACCAAAGACGGUAAAAUCAAGGAUCGCCACUUUAUUGCUGGUCUCUUAUUGCCAGACUUGAAAGAGAUCAACAACAUGCGAUGCACUGAACUCACUGCGGCACUUGGGAAUGUCACUCGACUCAUUUUCCUCUGCUCCUUCUACCUUGGUAUCAGACUCCCUGCUGAGAUCACACUGCCUCACCGAGACUACCCACUCGCAACCAUCAACCCUCCGCUUACCUCGUACCUUGGACAACGCAUCACCUUCCCCGGCAGUGGGUCGAGUCUCUCUGCGCCCGGCAGUCCUACCGCUUCCCGAAUGGAUCUCAGCUCGUCUCCCAAACCUCGUCCACUUUACAUUGGCUCUGAUGACUACAACGAAUCUGUUGCUCAGUUUGCCAAAAAGGAACCCCUGGCGUUCAGCUACUUCAUCGAAGGUGUCUCUCUCCUAGCUUGGGAUGUCGCAUGGCUUUCCCGCACUCAAGGCUUCGUUGCAGGUACCGAAACGUGGGAGGAUGCCUGUGACAUUGGUCGCAUCUUAUUUCAAAUGAUCCUGGCUCCUGCACAAUCCACCGCGCUGACUCGAGUUCUCGCCCAACGCAACACCCACAACCGUCAGCGCCGAGCCCAGAGCACAUCAUCGCCAGUCAUCGAAGACAAGGACAACGCGUUCCCAGCACGUCUUGGCUCAUAUUCCCACAACUCAGCUCACACAUUCCUUGGAUCUGCCGCUGCAGCCGGAGAUAACCCAUCCCGCCACUGGCGCCUGAACCGAUAUCCAAUGAUCUCUGACCCCUUGAAGAAGCAUCUCAUCGCAGAAAUGAACAACGCUGAAUGGGAACUGUUAGAUCAACAAGAAUGGAACGAUGGGGGAGAGAAGAUGGAUGAGGCCGUCUUCAUCAAGACGAGACCGAUGGACGGGAAGGAAUAUGAUGAUGCAAGAAGCAUCAUAACGCCCGGUGGAGAGGAGGACGCCGCCCGCGGCAAGGGCAAGAGCGGCUGGACCAAACUCAAGAACCGAGAAAAGGAAUAGAAAGGGCGGCAGCAGGGACACGAGCAACGAACAAUGACGCAAUUGCAUGGGGCUUGGGGGGAUACUUGGCCCAGCAUGAGGCUGGGAAAUUGGCGUUGGAGGCUGUCUGUGGUUCGAUGUAGAACGAGCGCAUCAUGCGCAUGCCGUGCUGGCGACAGCCAGCACAAUAAACACGAAUGAUACCCCAUUUCAAACCAA